AUUUGGUGUAUAAAAUUAUCUGGGAAAAAUGGGUUUCAGAAUUUGGAGAACCAGGAGCAGUCCAGACUCUAGAGAGUAGACCUAAAGGGUAAAGACUUAACAUAGCGAAGAUACCCCAGCGCUUGUUUCCCUAAUUAUAUCUCCAUGCUCUCCUUCUCAAAGCGACUCCCCACUCUAACCCAAUGCCUCCGCUCCACCACCCACCAGCUCCGCUUCGCUAGAACCGACCCCGCUUCCUCCAAGCGGCGCUCCAAGCCCUCUGGUUCUGGGUUCUCCUUCAACAAAACCGGAGACAAAUCUGAGUGGUGGGUCGUGGACGGCGAGAUGCAUGAGAUCGGCGAUCAUGUGCCCCCACGUGAGCGCUUCGUCAUCCCCAGAGACAACAUCCCUAACAAGCGUCGUAAGCAGCUCAGGGAACAGUUCAUGCGCCGCACUCGCCUCGUUAUUAAGGAAUCGGAGCAUGAACCGUGGUGCAAAAGGUACAUGGAACUGUAUAAUGAGCUUAGAGAAAACUGGGAGAGGUUGUAUUGGGAUGAGGGUUACUCUAAAAAAAUCGCUAAAGAUCAUGCCAAGUAUGAGUCUGCUGAGGACGAUGAUCAAGAUUUUAACCCUUACAGGAGCAGGGGAACCCGUGCUGAUCUCACUAAGGACCAAGGUUUUGGGAGGACUAGGCAAGCUGAUAACUCUGGGAAAGUCAAUCAACUUCGGGAUAAGUUUGAAUAUGAUAGAGAGAACAGAAUGAGAGAGAAAGCAUUUGCUCCAAUAAAUGGACAAGAUACCUCGAGCAGCUACAAUACAAACUCUAAGAAUCAGCCGUUUGACACUCAGAGAUACUUUUCUGAUAGUGACUAACAGUAAGAUGAAAGGAAGGGAAGUAGGAAGUGAUAACAUCAGAAAUCUUUAGCUAACUGCAAAGAAUCAGUUUUACUGUUUGCUUUGGUCACCGUUGUUAGGCAUGCUGCUUCAGAUUCCGACUACUACCCUCAAGCAGCCGUUGCCUGUCAGAUAAGGAUGCAAAGGCUUUUCGUAUUCAUGUUGCGGAAUGUUGUAUUCGUUAGCAAGCUGGAUAUUAAGUUACGAUUUUGUUGAUCUUAUCUCCAUAUAUUUGUUACAAAAGAGGCAGUCUGACUAUUAAAGAAAGAGUUGUAGGUAUGGGAGACAUUCAAGAUUUGCUGAUUUUCAUUUUUGAACCAAUUGAGCGAAGACUCGAGUUCCUUUUUUUUUUUUUUGAAAAUUUUGUAUACGUGAUGUGGUUGUUUUGUUCAAAGCUAAUGGUGGAUUGGGAAAUGCUUGCA